AUGUUCAUGGAGCAUAACGAACUUAAAGAGCAAUUGGAAAAAGAAGAAAAGCCUUCGAAACCUCUAAUGUCAACACCAAUGAUUUUUGAGGUGUUUGCUUUUACAAGACCACCAAAUCCAGUAACAGAGUUGAUUGAAGAAAAAGAAGAAGAGAGUGAUGAGUCCAAUUUUGAUAAGAAAAACCUAGAAAGAGACAAGAAAAAAGCUAAAGACACAAGAAUGAGGAAAGAACCCAAGCGAAAGCACAAAGAAGAUGUUAACUCAACAAUGCAAGAAAGCUCAAGAAAGGCAUUCAAUGGAUGGGUUGCCUACAAGAAAAUAAGGCUCGAGAUGAUGGAGAACGGGGAGGUUACAGUUCCACCUGAUGCAACGUAG